ACCGACUGCGACUGCGCGAAUUUGCAGGAAGCGUUAACAGUCCUUUUACCAGUAGAUCAAUUGUCAACAGUCAAGACUCAAGACUGGGACCUUAGAUCGUUUUAGAGACAGCGCCGAUACUGUCACUGACAGAAAGAGAGGAGAGGUAGAGAAAGACUUCACAUCCUAGAGAUCCCUGUAGUCUAAGCUCCCAUCACUGGGAGGCCCCACCCUCCACCGUCACCAUGGCUACCAGAGGGAGUGGCCGGCCCAAUGGCACGCUGCCCCAGACCAAGAUAUGCCAGUUUAAACUGGUCCUACUGGGAGACAUGGCAGUGGGAAAGUCCAGCCUAGUUCUGCGCUUCGUCAAGGGACAGUUUGAUGAGUUCCAGGAGACCACCAUCGGAGCUGCGUUCCUGGCCCAGUCUGUGUGUCUAGACGACACUACCGUGAAGUUUGAGAUCUGGGACACAGCGGGACAGGAGCGCUACCACAGUCUGGCUCCCAUGUACUACCGCGGGGCACAGGCUGCCAUCGUGGUCUUUGACAUCACCAAGCCGGAGACGUUUGAGCGGGCUAAAGCCUGGGUGAAGGAGCUACAGAGGCAGGCUAGCCCCAACAUUGUCAUCGCUCUGGCAGGCAACAAGGCGGACCUGGCUGAGAAGAGACUAGUGGAGUAUGAGGAGGCCCAGACCUAUUCUGAAGACACUGGACUUCUCUUCAUGGAGACCUCUGCCAAGACUGCCAUGAAUGUCAACGAACUUUUCCUGGCCAUUGCCAAAAAGAUGCCCAAAACGGACACCCAGAAUCCUACACAUGCAGCGCGACACCGGGGAGUGAACCUACAGGAUCCUGAAGCCCACAACACCCGAUCCUGCUGUGGAGGAGGAGGAGGGAACUAGGACUGCUUCCCUGCCAUCCUGCCAUCCCUGUUCCCAACCUCUGGGGUCGGGCAGGGGGACACCCCCUCCACCCUCCCUCCCAUCGACAGACGGACAGACCGCUAUUGAGAGAAAUAGAAAGAGGGGAAGAAAGAAAGAGGGAGUUUGAGUUGGACGGUUGUCUUUUAUGAGUGUUUGCCUCACCAACCGACGCCAGAGAGAGAUUUUGGACAAAGACUGACAGACAUGAGGAGGAAAAAGAGCGUGAGAGAGUGAAUACUUUGUAUAGUAUUGAGCGCUAGUUGUGGAUGUUUUGCAUUUUGUCUGUCUCGUUUAAUUUCAAUCAUGGUUCCAUUUGAUUAUGCAA